AUGAUUGGUAGAGAAAGCGGAGUUAUGAAGGCAUGGGAAUUCACAGUUCGAAAGACGCAAGCUGUUGCGAAGAAGCGAGCGAACAGCAUAUUCGGGUUAGGCGCAAUGUACAUGGCUCACUCAGACGAAGGAAACCACCACGAGGAAAACCCAGAAGCGUUCGAAAUAUAUCUCGCCGAGAAGGUUCUUCCUAAUGGAGACUACUACAAGGGCCAAUGGGCAGAUAGUUUCCCACAUGGCCAAGGCAAAUACUUGUGGACUGAUGGGUGCAUGUACGUGGGAGAAUGGUACAAAGGCAAGACCAUGGGAAGAGGAAGGUUCAGUUGGCCCUCAGGAGCCAUAUACGAAGGCGAAUUUAAAAGUGGGUACAUGGAUGGAACAGGAAGCUACACAGCCCCUAAUGGCGAGACCUACAAAGGACAAUGGAGUAUGAAUCUAAAGCACGGCCAAGGAGUGAAGUGUUUUCUGAAUGGAGAUAGGUACGAAGGAGAAUGGAAACGAGGGCUGGAGGAUGGUCAAGGGAAUUACGUUUGGAAGAAUGGAAAUCAGUAUUCUGGAGAAUGGAGGAAUGGAUGCAUAUGGGGAAAAGGGUCGUUUGUGUGGACAAAUGGGAAUAGGUAUGAUGGAUAUUGGGAAGAUGGUUUGCCCAAAGGAAGUGGGAGUUUUCAAUGGUCAGAUGGUAGUGUGUACGUGGGCAAUUGGAGUAAAGAUCCAAAAGAACAAAAUGGAACGUAUUAUCCAGCAGGGUCAUCACAGGAGGCACAUUUGGAGUGGGAUCCUCAGGAGGUGUACAAUGAGUUGAGUGAGUGUCAGGUUUGCCCAGGAGAGAAGGUUUCGAUUUUGCCGUCUCAAAAGAAGCUUGCAGUUUGGAGAUCCACGAAGACUGGGGAUGGCAAGCCAAGAAGAAGGUCAGUGGAUGGGAGGGUAAGUGUGGGUGUUGAGAGGCCAUGUGAUAGAAUGAAUUUAUGGGAUGGUGGUGUGGAAGUUCCUGCCAUUGAUGCUGAUGCCACUUGUGAUUCAACUCCUACUGCUGUCAAAGCAUUACAUGAGGACUUGAUAAACAUGCAUAUAGUUGAUGAUGCUAUUUCAAGAGGGGGCCCACUUCCCAAGCUCAAAGCUCCUAGGAAAUCUAAGAGGCAAGGAGAGAUCAUAUGCAAAGGUCACAAAAAUUUUGAUCUCAUGCUCAAUUUGCAACUGGGAAUUAGACAUUCUGUCGGAAGACCUGCCCCUUCUGCCUCGCUUGAUUUGAAACCUUCGGCUUUUGAUCCCAAGGAGAAAGUUUGGACAAGAUUCCCCCCUGAAGGAUCCAAGUAUACUCCACCUCAUUCAUCCACAGAGUUUAGAUGGAAGGAUUAUUGCCCUGUAGUUUUUAGGACUUUAAGGAAGCUAUUCAAGGUGGAUCCAGCUGAUUACAUGAUAUCCAUAUGUGGAAAUGAUGCCCUUCGUGAAUUUUCCUCUCCUGGUAAAAGCGGCAGCUUCUUUUACUUGACCAAUGAUGACCGUUACAUGAUUAAGACAAUGAAAAAAGCUGAAGUGAAAGUGCUCUUAAGAAUGCUUCCAGCCUAUUACAACCAUGUCCGAUCCUUUGAAAAUACAUUAGUGACUAAAUUUUAUGGUCUGCACUGUGUAAAGUUAACUGGAGCUGCUCAGAAGAAGGUUCGAUUUAUCAUAAUGGGAAACCUAUUCUGUUCUGAGUACACCAUCCAUCGGCGCUUUGACUUGAAGGGUUCUUCACUUGGCCGUAUCACAGAUAAGCCCGAAACAGAGAUUGAUGAAACCACCAUCCUUAAAGAUCUUGAUCUUAAUUUCAUAUUCCGACUUCAAAAAUCUUGGUUUCAGGAGUUUUGCAGGCAAGUUGAUAGAGACUGUGAGCUUCUGGAACAAGAGGGGAUAAUGGACUACAGCCUGCUAGUGGGUAUUCAUUUCAGAGAUAUAUCAGAAGAUGGGGACCUUAUUCCUUCAGAGUCUUGUAAUCCUACAGGUGAUACGGAGGGCGGUGGAACUCCUCGCAUGUCAAGAGCAGACAUGGACCAACUUCUUCUAGAUCCUUCAAGGUGGGCUAGCAUCAAAUUGGGUGUGAAUAUGCCAGCUAGGGUGGAAAGAACGGUGAGAAGAGGGGAUUGUGAAUUACAGCUUGUUGGAGAACCAAUUGGAGAGUUCUACGAGGUUGUGUUGUUUUUUGGUGUGAUUGACAUACUCCAAGACUAUGACAUAAGCAAGAAGCUUGAGCAUGCAUACAAGUCCUUUCAAUAUGAUCCAACCUCAAUAUCAGCGGUUGACCCCAGACAGUACUCAAGACGUUUCCGUGACUUCAUAUUUAGAAUAUUUGCCGAAGACACUUGAAGAAACACAUCAACCAUCUCUUCACUCUUUUUAUCCUCCCAUGCCACCCCCUUGGACUCACUUCAAAGCCUAAAGUUUCAAAACUCUAAGUUUUCAAUCAGUUGGGUGGCCAGACGUGACUUGGUAUCUCACUCCUUCAGACUAACUUUCCUUCAACUAUUCUUUCAUUACAUUCAUUUUAUGUAUUAUAUGUAGUGGCUAUGUCAUAUUUCUGAACAAGCCAGGGAACACACUCACACGUGUUGGCUAAUUUGACAGAAUACCUAUAGA